AUGGCUUCAUCAGCUUCCUCCAAGAAAUCUCGAUCUCUUCUAAUCCCACAUAAACGCGCUCUUCUACCCUUACAGACCAAGCGGCAAGGCCGCAAAGUAUACAAAGUCCUCAAUCCUAGCGCCAUCCCCACAGAGACGAGCAUCAAACAAUCAUACGAAGAGGAGACUCAAGAAAGGAAUAAGCCCGCGAGUUCAAGCGAACAUAAUAAAAGCGCAGUUGGAGACGAAGACUACGAGCUCCAGCCCCCGCACUUUGAAGUCUCAUUCGCUAUGCCGCCACAGCCCUUCCUCGACCCACCGACGUGGGAAGCGAUGCUCAAACGCAGCCGCGAGAGACUAGCAGCACAGUCAAUAAAAGAUGAAUCGGGCUCGGGCGCGGAUUGGGAAGAUGAAUCGGCAGAGCGGGUGAGACAACGAGUGGAGCGCGAGACGGAGUAUGGGUCUAUGGCUAUUCGGGGCCGGUCAAGUGUACGUGGGCGUGGGAAGAGGGGGAGGGGGAGGGGCAAUGUGUACUGGGGUGGUAGGCAUUGA